CAACGAGUCGAGGGCCGAGUCGCCAUCACAGACCGAUCAGGUGUCGUUGCUUCUCCUCCCAACAGCCCCGUAUGGCGCAGGUACAAGCUAUUUCUGGAUUCGUGGAUAUAGAUUGCUGCUCGUCUGGCGUGCCGUUGGAACAGAUAGGAGCUUCAUUGGCUGCGAGAUGAGGCCAGUGCUCGGACGCCCAUUUUCGCAGACACACGCAAUCUGCGCGUGAGGACGGCCCGCGAUGAGCCCAUCGACCGCACUUCGCGCGGGUGGGCCAGCGAAGGCCACCGCCCGCCCACAAGCCUACGCCCUCCUGGCCGUGUCGCUCCUCUCCACCAUCCUUUUCUCCCACAUUAUCGGUACGCUCAAGGGCAAACAGGCGGACCGUAUGACGGCAUUCGACUUCAACAUGACGGUGUCGUUGCUCACCCUCCUGGUUAUGCCUGGGCUCACGACCACAGUCGCAUCCAUACUGGCCCUAUUGAUCGUCUCUCACAUGACGCUUCCAUGGCAGACCUUCGAAGCGCGCCUGCUCCGAGCCGGGCUUCUCUUUCCCAUCACGGCCUACCUCAUCUUUCACAUGGCCACAGACCCCGCACACACCUUGGGAAACAACAUGCGUGAUCUUUGCUUUGGCACCAUGGCUUGGAACCUCAUCGCAAAGACCCUCGAUGUCAACCUCGUCACCCUUUUUGACGAUCACGCACCCCGAUGGUGUGUGCCCGAUUGGGACAAGGAGAGGUCGCUCCUUGCCUCGAAGAGCGAUACUAUCACAGAGAACAAAGAAAAGCUAGAGACAAAGAAAGGGAAGAAAGUCUCGGACUCUCGGCCAUGGCCUUGCUUCAGCAACUCGACCUUUUCGCUCCAGAAAAGACCCUUGUGGGCCUCCCGUGAUUACGUUCCCGUCCAUUGGAUGCUCGUCGACCCACCACAGCGCCUCUUUUCGAUGGACCGACUCCUCUGGACGAUUGACGUUCUCGUCUUACGGAGGGUCGGCACCAGUCUGAUCUUUCCCGAACACAUGCGCGCCCUCGAAUGGUCGCAGCGGCGCCUCGAGUCCACAGGCCGCGUUCGCUAUCACCGUCAGCCAAAUUCUCGAUCAGACCUCGUCGCCAGGCCAACACAGGCCGACUUGCAGCGGGAAGUCUCGUUCGGGCAGGUACCCGUGCCGCUGUGGCGGGCUAUCAUAGAAGCGUGCGUGGCCCGCUAUGCCGUCACUAAACUCAACGCCUACCACUUUCCACUGCCCGUCGACCAAGGAACAUUUUAUAUGCUGUCUCUCGGCGAGCAGUAUCUCUUUGCCUUGUGCGUUGGCAGCCAGAUUGCAUUCGGCGCCAGCCUGCCAGACUACGUGUCUGUCAAGGCCCUCCGACCCCUGGUACCCGUCACGGCCAAUCUCACGUCGUUUUCUGCACCCGCGAGCGCUACUUCGCUCUCGGAUCUGUGGGGCAAUAGAUGGCACACAUUCUCUCGUAGAGAUCUGUGGAGGAUUGCCUCGCUCUUGUUUCCCUUUGGGUCAACCAGGGUGGGCAAUGUCGUGGGUGCCUUCUUCUUCAGCGGCGUCUUUCACUCGCUCCUUUUCCUCCGUGCUCUGCAACCAAAUCCAUUCUGGUCCGGUUCGAUUUGGACCGACGUGCAGAAGUGGCUCCCUGUUUUCUUUCAGCCCGGCAUUGUAGCAUUCUUCACCGCUCACGGCUUGAUCUGCGUCGCCGAGCGACUCAUCCUCGAUUCGCGCCACCCAACCCUCGUGGGCCUUCGAGAUGCGUACGAGCGCCACCUGCCGGCCUGGUUGCGACAGGCGCUUGGAAUCCUGUAUACAUGGACCAUGCUCCUCUACACGGCCCGCUGGGCAGCUGCCGAUGCCAUUCAGACUGGCGUCCUCACGCGCGAAAACACCCACUCGCUCACGAUGGGAGCCAUGUGGGCCGACGUGCAAGCGUAUUUCUCCUCGCCCUCGUCGACCAAGUGAGAGAGUUAUUCUCUCUUCUUCCUCCUUCCCCUCUUCCUUCCUCUUAGGCCUCCUCUACCUUACAAGUCAAUGCCUGUUAUUCGUGUCUUGAGCUACAGAUCCUCCUGUGAAGUGGACCCAAUAGAAAUCAACGAACAUUGAUUAGAGGG